GUUGAAUGAAGGCGUCAUCUUACUAGAAAGAAAGGGCCAUUUUUUGAUUAGAGUUGUGUACAUACAUUCAAUCUGAAGCGAGUUGCAAGUCUGAGUAGUGAUCUAGUGUAGUGGUAGAAAUUUCUAUAAAUUUCUUCAAGUUUUUCGAGGUUAUACUUCUCAGUUUUAUCUCAAGCAUUUUGCACGAUGAGCGAUCAAACUUUUGAGACUCGCAAGCGUGACCGUCCCGUCGACGCGACGGAACUGCAUGCGGAGAAGAAAAAGAAGAAGAAAUCUAAGAAGACUGACGUUCCCGUGGUGACGGAUCCGAGCUCUCCCUGCAGCUCAGCCACAGAGGAAGUCCCACCUCCUUCUGUGGAAGUAUCGAAAAAGAAAAAGGAGAAGAAGCAGAAGAAGGCGACGACGGCGACUAUUGACGAAGCAACGAGUGUACCCAGUACAACAUCAGAGGAAUCUGAAAAGGCCACGACGACAGUGAAUGACGAGGCUGCCGUCGGGAAGACCACGACAACUUCUGGCGCCGAUACCGCUGCCGCCGAGGCUUUUCGUGCCGAACACCAUGUGAAGGUGUCACUUUAUUCUGCUGCUGGCGAAGGAAGUGCGAGUGGGGGCAAUAGUGCUUCAACAACUUCGUCAACAAAAGAGAUUGCUUGCGACGUCCCAGAUCCAGUUCAGAGUUUUAAAGCAGCUCCUUUUGCGAAACCAGUCCGCAAAUUGCUAAGUUCCAUGUUCGAGAAGCCCUCACCUAUUCAGGCGCAGGUGUGGUCAAUCGUUGCACGAGGACACGAUCUUGUCGCAAUUGCCAAGACUGGCAGCGGAAAGACACUUGCGUUUUUGCUGCCAUGUUUCGAAGCUAUUUCUGCCAAGAUCUUGUCGUCAGAGGUGAAAAAGCAGACGCGACUUCUAGUCUUGGCACCUACGCGAGAAUUGGCUGUGCAAAUCGCGGCUGACGCCGAGAAGUUUGGGGAUAAGCAGCUCUCCAACGGAAUUACCACAGCCGUUGUUUACGGUGGUGUCCCGAAAGGACCGCAAAUUCGCGAGCUAACUGGCGGUUCUACGCCGCCCACUGUUGUGGUCGCGACACCGGGUCGUUUCGUUGACCUGCUCACCGAUAAAAACUCAGAGGCAUUGCAGAAGUACGCUAGAGCCUUUGUCAAGAGCGUCACGCACUUUGCGGUUGACGAGGCGGACCGCAUGUUGGAGAUGGGAUUUGAGCCGCAGAUGCGGGAAAUCCUCAAGAUGUUGCCUGGCAGCCCAGACUCGGGGACUGCACCACCGCAGACACUACUAUUCUCUGCAACGUGGCCCAAGGGCAUGCGCAAACUGGCUGCGGCUUACAUUCGUGGUGGAGGUGAGGAGCAGAAAACAACCUCAGCCUGCUCAUCUUCAAAGGACGAGAAUAGCACAAGCGCACGACGACCGUGCUGUUUGCAAGUGAACGUGGGCGAGACGGAAGAGCUGGCAGCGAAUAAGGCCGUGAAGCAAGAGUUUUUUGCAGUGCAUGACGACGCGAAAGACGGGAAAUUGUGGAAGAUCCUUGACGGAACUGAUGAAAAGGCUGAUAAGGUUAUCGUGUUCGCGAACACCAAGAGGCGCAUUGCCAAACUCUCUGGCGAUGUCUGGGCCAGCGGGUACAAGUGUGCUGUGCUGAGUGGCGACAUGACGCAGGCGGACCGCGACAAAGGUCUUGCCGACUUCGCGCAAGGUCGAGUGCCCUUGCUGUUCGGCACGGACGUGUGUGCACGAGGAUUGGACAUUAAGGGCGUGACCCACGUGAUCAACUACGACAUGGCCAGGGACGUUGAGAGCUACAUCCAUCGCAUUGGCCGAACGGCGCGGGCUGGAGAAAAAGGGACCAGUAUCACCUUCGUCAACGAGGACUACGAUCUUGGCUGCUCACCGGCAUUGGUCAAGAUUGCACGUGAAGCGGGACAAGACAUACCAGAAUGGUUGCAAAAGAUGGCGGAUAAGAGCGCAAAAAGCGGCAAAAAGGUUGACAAGUUGUGGAAAUACUAAAAACCAUAAUUGCUGCUCGUCUUGUUGGGAGGAAUGCUUGUCGAGAAAAAGUACCCAACAAUCUAUAUGUUCGCUGUGGUCUUAGAAGUAGAAGAUAUCGACAUGCGGAUUGACCUUGUUGUUCCGAACCCCUGUUGGCAGAAGCACACGCCCUGUGAACGAUAGUAGGGUCGCUGUGCCAGUUUGAUAUUGAUAAAUUGCAACGUAAUUCCAAUGACAAAACACUCAUGGCUUCUUGGUAGUCUCGACGACGCUUCUUGAAAUAG